GCUGGGGCCCCAGCAGCUCAGCCGGAGCUCUGCGCGCCCAGCGGGUCUGCCUGUCAGACCGCCUCGUCUCCGGCCGUCUGGUUUUCUACCCUUCGGCGCCUUGCUCUUCCUCAUGUUGGCACCCCCGGCCACGGAGGCCACCGUCCCCAUGUCCCAGACUGAGGCCGACCUGGCGCUGCGGCCCCCGCCGCCUCUUGCCACCGCCGGGCAGCCCCGCUUCGGGCCCCCUCCUCGCCGAGCGCGCCGCUUCUCCGGGAAGGCUGAGCCUCGGCCGCGCUCUUCUCGUGUCAGCCGCCGUAGCUCAGUCGACUUGGGGCUGCUGAGCUCUUGGUCCCUGCCACCCUCACCCGCUCCGGAACCCCCCGAUCCUCCGGACUCCUCUGGUCCUGGCCCCGCAAGGAGCCCACCGCCUAGCUCCAAAGAAACCUCCGAGGGCACGUGGACCAAGGGAGCCCCUGUGAAGGCUGCAGAAGACUCCGCGCGUCCCGAGCUUCCGGACUCUGCAGUGGACCCGGGGUCCAGGGAGCCGCUGAGGGUCCCUGAAGCUGUGGCCCUAGAGCGGCGGCGGGAGCAGGAAGAAAAGGAGGACAUGGAGACCCAGGCUGUGGCAACGUCCCCCGAUGGCCGAUACCUCAAGUUUGACAUCGAGAUUGGACGUGGCUCCUUCAAGACGGUGUAUCGAGGGCUAGACACCGACACCACAGUGGAGGUGGCCUGGUGUGAGCUGCAGACUCGGAAACUAUCUAGAGCUGAGCGGCAGCGCUUCUCAGAGGAGGUGGAGAUGCUCAAGGGGCUGCAGCACCCCAACAUCGUCCGCUUCUACGAUUCGUGGAAGUCAGUGCUGAGGGGCCAGGUUUGCAUCGUGUUGGUCACCGAACUCAUGACCUCGGGCACACUUAAGACGUACCUGAGGCGGUUCCGGGAGAUGAAGCCGCGAGUCCUUCAGCGCUGGAGCCGCCAAAUCCUGCGGGGACUUCAUUUCCUACACUCCCGGGUUCCUCCCAUCCUGCACCGGGAUCUCAAGUGCGACAAUGUCUUUAUCACGGGCCCUACUGGCUCCGUCAAAAUCGGGGACCUGGGCCUGGCCACGCUCAAGCGCGCCUCCUUUGCCAAGAGUGUCAUCGGGACCCCGGAAUUCAUGGCCCCCGAGAUGUACGAGGAAAAGUACGAUGAGGCCGUGGACGUGUACGCGUUCGGCAUGUGCAUGCUGGAGAUGGCCACCUCUGAGUACCCGUACUCCGAGUGCCAGAAUGCCGCGCAAAUCUACCGCAAGGUCACUUCGCUGCCCUGUGAGGGCAGAAAGCCGAACAGCUUCUACAAGGUGAAGAUACCCGAGGUGAAGGAGAUCAUUGAAGGCUGCAUCCGCACGGAUAAGAACGAGAGGUUCACCAUCCAGGACCUCCUGGCCCACGCUUUCUUCCGCGAGGAGCGCGGUGUGCACGUGGAACUAGCGGAGGAGGACGACGGCGAGAAGCCGGGCCUCAAGCUCUGGUUGCGCAUGGAGGACGCGCGGCGUGGGGGGCGCCCACGGGACAACCAGGCUAUCGAGUUCCUGUUCCAACUGGGCCGGGACGCGGCCGAGGAGGUGGCACAGGAGAUGGUAGCUUUGGGCUUGGUCUGUGAAGCCGAUUACCAACCAGUGGCCCGUGCAGUACGUGAACGGGUUGCCGCCAUCCAGCGAAAGCGUGAGAAGCUGCGUAAAGCAAGGGAAUUGGAGGCACUCCCACCAGAGCCAGGACCUCCACCAGCAACUGUGCCCAUGGCUCCUGGUCCCCCCAGUGCUUUCCCCCCUGAACCUGAGGAGCCAGAGGCAGACCAGCACCAGCCCUUCCUUUUCCGCCACGCCAGCUACUCAUCUACCACCUCGGAUUGCGAGACUGAUGGCUACCUCAGCUCCUCCGGCUUCCUGGAUGCCUCAGACCCUGCCCUUCAGCCCCCUGGGGGGGUGCCAUCUAGCCCAGCUGAGUCCCAUCUCUGCCUGCCCUCGGCUUUUGCCCUAUCCAUUCCACGUUCUGGCCCUGGAAGUGACUUUUCCCCUGGGGACAGUCAUUCUAUCUCCUUUCUCUUUACCAGCUAUGCCUCAGAUGCAGCUUCAGGCCUUAGCGAUGUGGGAGAAGGGAUGGGACAAAUGAGGAGACCCCCAGGGAGGAAUCUCCGGCGCAGACCCCGAUCCCGGCUGCGGGUCACUAGUGUCUCAGACCAGAAUGACAGAGUGGUUGAGUGCCAGCUACAGACCCAUAACAGCAAGAUGGUGACCUUCCGAUUUGAUCUGGAUGGGGACAGCCCGGAAGAGAUUGCAGCUGCCAUGGUGUAUAACGAGUUCAUUCUGCCCUCGGAGCGAGACGGAUUUCUCAGACGGAUUCGGGAGAUUAUCCAGCGAGUGGAGACCCUGUUGAAGAGAGACACUGGCCCCAUGGAGGCUGCUGAAGACACCCUAAGCCCCCAGGAGGAGCCAGCACCAUUACCUGCCCUGCCCAUCCCCCUCCCAGACCCAUCCAAUGCAGAGCUCCAGAGCAGCAACUCCCUGGAGCACAGGAGCUGGGCAGCCUUCUCCACCUCCUCAUCUUCUCCUGGAACUCCUUUGUCUCCUGGAAACCCAUUUUCCCCUGGAACCCCCAUUUCCCCAGGUCCCAUCUUCCCCAUCGCUUCUCCCCCAUGUCAUCCCAGCCCUUCCCCAUUCUCCCCCAUUUCUUCCCAGGUCUCCUCAAAUCCCUCUCCACACCCCACCAGCUCUCCACUUCCAUUCUCCUCCAGCACACCUGAGUUUCCAGUCCCACUCUCUCAGUUUCCCCGGAGUUCUCUCCCCAUGACUUCUCCACCUACAUUCUCUCCCACUUGUUCUCAGGUCACUCUUAGUCCCCCUUUCUUUCCUCCAUGCCCCUCCACUUCUUCCCUCCCCUCCACCACAGCAGCCCCUCUCCUCUCUCUGGCUAGUGCAUUCUCACUGGCUGUGAUGACUGUGGCCCAGUCCCUGCUGUCCCCCUCGCCCGGGCUCCUUUCCCAAUCUCCUCCAGCCCCUCCUAGUCCCCUCCCUAGCCUGCCCCUUCCCCCUCCCCUUGCUCCUGGUGGCCAGGAGAGUCCUUCACCCCACACAGCUGAGGUGGAGAAUGAGGCCUCGCCACCUCCUGCUCGGCCUCUCCCAGGGGAAGCCAGGCUGGCGCCCAUCUCUGAAGAGGGAAAGCCGCAGCUUGUUGGGCGUUUCCAAGUGACUUCAUCCAAGGAACCAGCUGAGCCUCUUCCCCUGCAGCCAACAUCCCCCACUCUCUCCGGUUCUCCAAAACCUUCAACCCCUCAGCUUACUUCAGAGAGCUCAGACACAGAGGACAGUGCUGGAGCCGGGCCAGAGACCAGGGAAGCUCUGGCUGAGAGCGACCGUGCAGCUGAGGGUCUGGGGGCUGGAGUUGAGGAGGAAGGAGAUGAUGGGAAGGAACCCCAAGUUGGGGGCAGCCCCCCACCCCUGAGCCAUCCCAGCCCAGUGUGGAUGAACUACUCCUACAACAGCCUGUGUCUGAGCAGCGAGGAGUCAGAAAGCAGUGGGGAAGAUGAGGAGUUCUGGGCUGAGCUGCAGAGUCUUCGGCAGAAGCACUUGUCAGAGGUGGAAACACUACAGACACUACAGAAAAAAGAAAUUGAAGAUUUGUACAGCCGGCUGGGGAAGCAGCCCCCACCGGGUAUUGUGGCCCCAGCUGCUAUGCUGUCCAGCCGCCAGCGCCGCCUCUCCAAGGGCAGCUUCCCCACCUCCCGCCGCAACAGCCUACAGCGCUCUGAGCCCCCAGGCCCUGUGCUCUCCCUCCCCCAUCCUGCUCCCAGGCAUCAUGCGAAGGAACUCCCUGAGUGGCAGCAGCACCGGCUCCCAGGAGCAGCGGGCAAGCAAGGGGGUGACAUUCGCCGGGGAUGUUGGCAGGAUGGUGAGGGCGGGCCCAAGGGAGGGAGAGCCCAGGGAAUCAGGGAAUGGUACCUGGCUGCAGCUUCGCCAUCCUCCCACCUUGGAGGUUUCUUCAUCACUUUUUCUUUUCCCUCCAGUGAAUUCAGAACAGAAGCCAUGUAUCUCCCCCACACCAGAGCCCACCAUGGAGCUUGUGUUCUCAGAAUCUGAUGCUUUUCUGACCAACACAACUGAGCAAGGAAGAUCCCAGCACUGAAGGGGUAGAAGGCCGGGGGGCAUGGAGAGUGCAGCUCCAUUAUAGUGAAGAGCCAAACAUAUGUGAACUGUUUGCUGUGUGGAGGUGUUAGUCCUGCAGCCUACCAUCUUCAUCUCUAGCCCCUCUCCCCUGCCAACAGUCAACCACUAAGCAAUCCCGCCCAAGCCCAGAUGCUUCUAGAGGGGCCCACUCCCAGCUGGGAGAGUGUAGGUGAUAUGCUCACACCACAUUAGCAGCAACCAAUAAAAAUGCUGGAAACAAG